GCACGAUUGUAAGGAAUUUCCCCAAAACUAUACCUGCUCGAGCACUUGUAUGUAAGUUAUGGAAUAAGCGACAAUGGAUGCAAGAGUCAAAUGUUUGCUGGCCUUGAACCUGAUAGCAGUAAUGGUGUCUAUCUCUCUGGCUCAUGUGACGUCAGUUCCGGGUGACGUAUAUUUGGCAGGAGCCUUCAGUAUCUCAACGAGACUCGACGGAGCAGACGACUGCAAUGAUGAGGUAUCUGUGGUCUCGGUCAUGGAACUAGAAAUCGUCAAAUGGGCCAUAAGUCGACUCAACCAACAAAACUACAUCCCAGGAGUGAAAAUAGGUUUACUUGCCUAUCCAACUUGUAUGUCGGAGGAGUUAGCCGGCUACCGUGCAGUGGAAAUCUCAACCGCCAUCAAAGAAAGAUCCCAAAACAUUAUUGGCGUUAUCGGAGCAGAGCGGAGCUCCGAUUCAGAAGCCAUGUCUGCCAUUUUUUCUAGACUUCCGGAACCCCUCCGUCCUCCGAUGGUGUCUUAUUCCUCCACUUCCGUGUCUCUUAGCAAUAAACAAGCAUUUCCAAAUUUCUUCAGAACCAUUUACUCUGACGGAAUACAAGUCAAGGUUUUAACCUCAUUGAUGUCAGAACUUGAAUGGAAUUACAUAGCUAUUGUGUACGAAAACAAUUCUUACGGUCUUCAUGGUGCGAAUUCAUUACAGACUGAAUUGCAUAAACGAGGAAUCUGCAUCCGAUAUUCAAGUAGUUUUAAUACUACAUAUGGAAUUGAAUUAUCUACCCUUAGUCAAAUCAUUAAAGACAUCACACUGCCAAAAGGGGGCGCUGUGAGCGGUAUUGUGUUCUUUGGUGGACAAUCGUCUGCCGAGAAGUUUCUGACCGCAAUGGCAGAUCUGGAUCUUGGAGGAGAUACCCCAUCCAUUAUGUUUUCCGAGGGAGUUGGUACUUCUAAAAAUGUGUUCAAACAAGAAACCCUAACAGCGUCUAGAGGAAAUCUUGUAGUGAGUCCGACAUAUCAGCCUGUGAAUAGUUUUUUGGAACACUGGAACAAUAUAUUCAGGAACAAAACCGUUCUUGUUGACGAAUCAGAAACCAACCCUUGGUUAAAAGACAUAUUCACCAAAAUUAAAGGAUGUUCUUAUGAUGGUCCAAGUUGCGAAGUUCCUACAGAACAGCAAAUUGAAAACGCUGUCUCAAAAAACAUCUACCUAAAAUUUGCCGUGGACGCUGUUUGUAUGUUUGCAAAAGCGUUAAAGCAAUCCAAACACCAAAUCUGUUCAAAUGAUUCCUGUUCCUUACUGACUGAAGAUGGAAUAAGCAUUCUUUUAAAUGCACUUAAAUCAGUGGAAGUGAACAUGGCAUCAGAAUUUGAAGACAUUUUUGCAGCAAAAACCAGACUUCAGUUCGAUUACAAUGGCGAUAUCAAACCAAGUGAAUCCAAAGCCAUCUUUUCUGUAUACAACCACAGACAGUGUCUUGAUGACGGGUCGCAGUUUUGUUUUAUUGAGGUUGCAACCUUUGCUGGUAACAUUAUAACAAUGAACAGAACCCUAUUGAAAGAUUAUGACCAAUAUGGAACAGAGCGGAGUUACCACAAGGCACAGUGUAAGAGAGGCGACAUAUGUACACAUUGUCUUAGAGACGAGGAGCAGUUCUAUUACAAACCAGGUGACCUCAUUCUGGUAGCUGCCUUUCCAAUACACAACAUAGGCACUAAACCGCUGCAGUGUGGAGGCUUGCGGACUACAGUGAGUCUGGACGUAGCAAUGACCAUAGAGUACGCAGUGGAAACAGUCAACAAUUCCACCAUGUUUGAUGGUACGUCAAUCGGGUUCUUGUUGUUAGACACUUGCAAUGACCCACUUGUAAUUCAAGAGAAAACUCUCCGUCUGUACAAGAACGGUGGCUAUCCCAGACUACCACCGGAUGUGACGGACCGAAUUCUGGGUUUCGUCGGGUCUGUGGGAAGCACCCCAACGUCAGCCAUGCUUUCUGUCACGAAAGAGCUGCAAGGUAAACCCCAGGUCGGCUGUUGCUCCACCUUUUCAGAUUCCAGCAACAGACAAUUCUAUCCAAAUUUUGUCCGCGUGUCAACGCCGUUAGACCAGACUGCGAAAACCAUGGUUCAAAUAGCAAAACAACUUAACGCCUUUUACAUUCAAAUCAUAUACAGCUCUGGUUUCUAUGGUGAGGGAGGCAGAGACGCCAUAGUGACCAGUGCCAAGACACUUGGAAUUUGUGUAGCUAAUGAAAUAGAAGUGCCAGAAAAAUCAAACUAUAUAACUGUACUUGAUACUCUCCGAACCAAACCGUCUGCCAAAGUAGUUUUGACCUUUCUUCGCUCGCACGUGGGGCCGCAUGUUAUGAAAAUUCUAGCGGACAACAUGCAGUCCGGUGGAGAGUUCUAUUUCAUAGGAUCAGAGACCCUCGGAACCCGAGAGCAGUAUCUUAUUCCUCGACUAAGAGGCACAAUAUCUGUUGCACAGAUCAUGCCUCAAAGUCCGUCAUACCUGGAGUUCUUGAAAAACAAGAAACCUAGUCCAUUAGACGAAAAUACGUGGCUACUGGAAGUCAUCCAGAGCCGACAAGGAUGCUUUUAUCCUUGGAGCUUCAACAAAUCAUCCACCCUGUCUAGAGAAUGUGGAUCUGAUGAUAGUCUAUCAAAUGACGAAAACCUAGUUGACCUGUGGGCGCCGUAUUCAUUGAAUGCAGCGUUUGCUUUACUCAAAGGGUCUGCAAGUGCGUUGCGCGACAUCUGCAAAACAACAAAAACUUUGUGUUCCGGAUAUUCGGAUACAGAGAGGGUGUUACAGCACAUCAAGGAAGUAAAACUAGAUCUCAAUCAAAACGGCUCCUUGGUUCCUGUCUUUGAUGAAAUUGGAGACGGAAAAUACGGACAUAAGAUUUACCUCAUUGAUUCUAACGAAGGGGAACUAGUUUAUAAAUUAAUCGGACAUCGAACGCAAUCGGAUGGUUUUGUAUUCAAUAUAAAGGACAACAUUUUCCCAGGAUACCCGGGCCAGACAAAAUGUCCGAACCAACACGACUGCAAAUACUGCGAAACGUUUUUGAGUCAACCAGCACCAAGCAGCGGUGAACAAAAGUCCUCCGCAGAGAUCCCACUUAUUGUGGGGAUAGCUGUAACUAGCGGAUUAGCACUAUUGUUUUUCGUGCUAUUUUUCUGUCAGUGUCGGAAGUCUCGAGAAGGAAACCGUGAUCAUUACAAUACAACACACGAAACGACAGGAUAUUUAGAUGUUCAGCACCUCGAGAGGCCAGUUGUUCAUGCACACGCGGGCAAUGGAGAAAUCAAUUUAUAACCGUAUCAAACCAAGGACACGUGAAUCACAUGAUUUUUCUCAAGAAAUAUUUCCAUGUUGGAACUUUUUUCAGAAUUCAGAAAUGUAUACAUAUGCAUGAACAAUGUAAUAGUUUCUUGCAAAAAGUUUAUUUUUUGAAAAUUGUAUACACAAUGUCAUGUGAUAGUUACUUACAAAAUACGUUAUUUUUUUCGGAUAAUACAUUUUGUUAAAUUUUCUUUAUUAUUAUGUAGUUAAUCGCAUCAAUAGUUAUUCCCAAUACAUGCACUAUAGUGUAGAUAAAAUAGCAGCUUUGUUAUCAACUGCGUGCAUGCUUAAAAAAAAUGUGCAGGUCUUCAUAAAAUUUCAGUGGCGUAGCUAGGGAUAGAAUAUUUGUAAACGCGUGCUUACAGUGCUUUAAUAUAGCUACGCCUUGUGAAUUCGACAGGUACAUGUAUGUUAUGCCCCGCAAUAAAAAAAAAAUCAAAAGGAUUUUCAACAUAUAUGUAGAUUAAAUCCUUAUAAGCCAGGCAGUUAUUUUUUCCGUCCUCCAUUCCAAGUCCAUUUCAUGGUAAAUGAUUUCAAUCGUCGAGCCAUCUUUAUACUCUGCACGGACAGACAUCAUCGUAACAAGUGAUAUCACAAUCCUAAAUGGGUAGGGAUGUGUUUACAAACAUUGCACACACCCAAGUGUCCAGGGCUGGUGAUAUACAACCACAUAGCCAACAAACUAAGGGGUACUCUAACAAAGAACAAUUAAGAAACAAACAAAUAAAUGUCCGCUGAGAUUGACUCACUUUGACAUUAAAAAUUGGGCCGGAGUGUGACAAAAAUACUCAUUCCUUUCGACAAACACAUACAUUACCUAGGGAGAGGAUGUAGUCUCCGCUACCGCCUGUAACUAUAUACUGUCGUAACCAUUUAAUAUUCUCUGAAUAUAUUUGGCGAAUUUCACCCUUUUCCUUUGAUUAUACAAUAAUUGGAAUAAGCGUGCGUUAGUGCAUUGUCCUAGUGCAAUGCCUCCUGAGGCUGUCGUGGUGACCGCUUCCUCUCAGUACAAGAUCUAAGAUGAAUGUUUGUGUUACAUGUAUGUGUUUUUGUAGCAUCUUAUAAAAUUCAUGAUAAUUAAGAAAAAUUCUCUGGUUUUUUUUCACCUGAUAGAAAAUUUUUAUUAUAUAUACAAUGUCAAUGUACUUUACAUGUACAUGUACCAUACCAUUAUUUCAAUAUUGCUAUAAAUUAUAUGUAACAACCUAUGCCAUGAGAUGUAUGUCUUGUGCAAAUAAAGAAUGAAAUGUGCAUGUUAUAAUCUACAUGUACCUAACUACCUAGUCCUUGUUGCACCCGGAGGCACACAGGACAAGGACUAGAGAUUUCCAUUCUUCUCUGUUCUUGGCCAUCCUUUCCAUCUCUCCCCGGGUAAGCUUCAUGUCUUUGAGUUCGCCUCCAUGUUGUUCUUUGACCAGCCUUUCCUCCUUUUCCCCUCUGGGGUUCAUGUUUUAAUGGUGUAGUAUAAAUGUACAUGUAGACUUGGAGAAAAAUUUAAGAAUAAAAUAAUUAAUUAUU